AUGACAGGAAGUAAUACCUCCUCCCCCGGUGGAGACUCAUCCUCUACCACCGAAGGGACCCAAUCGGAAUCCACAGUAUCAACCAGCAAAGUAGAGCACCUCUUAUCAAACCUUUCCCUUCAAUUGACUGUCCAUAAACUGAAUGGCAGUAAUUACUUGGAGUGGGCUCAGUCCAUUAAGCUGGCCAUUGACAUUAGAGGUAAACUUGGCUAUUUAACUGGCGAAGUGAAGCAACCAGCAGCAGGGGAUCCGAACCUGAAAGCAUUGAGGUCAGAUAACUCCUUGACGAUUGCGUGGCUCAUCAACUCCAUGGAACUAGCCAUUGGAAAGCCGCAUUUAUUUCUGCCCACAGCCAAAGAAGUCUGGGAAGCAGUUCGUGAUAUGUAUUCAAACGUGAAAAAUUCAUCCCAAAUUUUCGAAUUGAAAACGAAACUUUGGAAGUCCAAACAAGGAGACCGUGACGUUACGUCUUAUUACAAUGAGAUUGUACCACUUUGGCAGGAAUUGGAUCUUUGCUAUGAAGAUGAAUGA